AUGGCGAACCACGAGCUAAUGUCUGUUUGUUCAGUGGGAGGAAACCCAGUUUCAGCGUUCUUGUCAUGGAGACUUCAGGCCACCAAUGCGUGUGAUGUGACACUCGUUUGGAAAUCUGGCUACGACCAUGUGGCACAAUAUGGAAUCUCGUUCAAGUCCCCAACAUUUGGUAACGAAAGAUUCAAGCCUCGGCAUGUUGUUCGAAAUCCCGAAGAUGCCGCCAGCGCACGAGACGGUCCCUUCGACUAUGUAGUACUUUGCGUCAAGGCUUUGCCUGACGUAUACGACCUCGCCUCCGUUAUCGACUCGGUCGUGACUCCUCAACAUACAUGCAUUCUCGUUAACACAACACACACACUCGGCGUCGAAGCUGCCUUGGAGGAGAGAUUUCCUACCAAUGUAGUCCUGUCACUCGUCUCAGGUGCCGAACUUACACAACUCGGCCAGAGUGAAUUCGAACACAAGGGCCCAACCGAUAUCUGGAUCGGUCCAGCUACUACUCCCAACAACAUUCCAAAAACUAUACAGGAGGAUAUGGCUCAGGCUUUAGCGAUGACACUUAGCUCCGGCCAAGUAGAGUGCAAGGUCUCACCAAACAUCCGUCAACAACAAUACGAAAGAGUCAUAGGACCUAUCGCCUUCCAUCCCAUCAGUGUUAUCUUUGAGACGCCCAACCAUGCCCUGCUUUUGGAAAAGGUUGGUGUUAAGGACAUGGUGUCGGACGUCAUUGAUGAGCUGCUUCGCCUAGCCAACGCCAGCGGUUGUAAAUUUGAACCCGACUUCAAGCAGAAGACGAUGGAUGAGAUGACCAAGACUUCAGGGGAGAGCAUUAUGUGGCAAGACUACGUUGCUCGAAGACCGAUGGAAGUUGAGACUUACUUAGGCUCGCCUAUCAAGUUGGCCAGGGACUCGAACAUCACACUCCCUCGGAUCGAGACCCUUUAUUCAAUUCUCCAUAACCUCAACCUUGUCAACCGCAAUAGACCCAAGCCUGGCGACCCGAACGCGAACAUAAUGCCGCCCGCGUCCCCCUCAGCGCAGACAGUUCCCCGAAUGCCCUCUCAGAACAGCCACCGCCCUAUGAUGAACGGAAUGCCUAACGGCAACGGAAUGCCACCUCGUCAGCCCAGACCUCGAAACUCGUCAAAUUUCAGCCAAGGUGGUAUGCGCCGUGGUCCACCACCUAUGAACGGCGGGCCACCCAAUGGCUAUGGCCGAGGCCCUCCUUCUAUUAAUGGCGGUGGAUCGCGUCAGCCUUCCAGGAGAGGUUCACUGGAAGAGACCAACUUGGAGGAGUUCUCUCACCUAGUACUUUACGACGAUAUUCCUGAAGGCUCUGAACCAUCCGUCACCGGAGAUCCCUCAGAUAUCAACAUUAGGGAGCGAGAAAUGGCUUUACGGCAGCGAGAAAUGGCUCUGCGCGAGCAGGAAAUGCGAAUGCGUCGUGGACCACCUCCAUCCGGCCCCCCGGGAGGCCCUGGUCCCCGCCGUGGUCCUCAUCCUAUGCGCAACAGCAAGCAGGUGUUUGACGACGAUGAUGACGACGACGAUGAUUACUUUGACCCCACGGCUAACGCUGCCGCUCCUAUGAUCGACCCAGACAAUUUUGACAUGAUGAGUGUAACAUCAAGAAAGAACCGAAAGGCACCAGGACCUACUCCUGGUCAAUUCCGCCGUAACCCCGAUGAUAUGCCACCUCCCACCAGAGGUGGGAGGUUCAGACCCAACUUUGGACGCAAUCGAUCCAGUCAGGUUGGCGGCCAUAGCUCUAUGACAACCGAGAACAUUCUUGAAGAUCCUCUCAUGAGCUGCUCCUCCGAUCGAUACGGAUCAGUCGAUCGUGGAGCAAUGAAUGCAGGCUCUCGAGCAAAUUCGCUGACAGCCUCAAGGCUAGACGACAUGCAGUACGGCCCGGGUCCCGGAGGACCUCCCGGGAUGAAUGGUGCAUUCCCUCGACGCGCAAGUCAAUCCCCUGGGCAGCCGUACCCUCCAUCGAUGCGUGGCGGCAGCCGCCGAGGAUCGCCACCAGGUGGCUAUGGUCCUCCCCCCGGUAUGAACGGACGGCCAUCACCCCCUGAUGCUAUGCGCCAACCUGUCCCCCGACAUCCGCCCGGGCAAGGAAACUCAGUAGCACCACAACAAGUUGAACAACAUAUAGGGGUGAGCGCCCUCCAUCAAACUAAGCCUAGGAAUGUUCGCAGUCUGACGGGUAGUGCGAGCGCCAGCGCGGGCAGUGGUGAAUUUGACUCCGAACAGUCUGCAAACAGCAGCCAGGGCAGCUUGCCCCCACGACCCCCAAUCGGUGUGCGUUAG